AUGGAGCGCAGACUGCCCACGUCGUCACCACUGGCCAGAUCUUCCUCCGCAGCCGACCUGGACACGCCAACCAGGGGAUUUUCCAUCAGCGCAAUCAGUCGUACCGCACUCGCGACGAUCGUCCCUGACUGGCGCGCCAGGUCGGUACUGAUGUUCAAUGGCGCACCCUUCAAAGAUCACUGGGCGUACUGGAUGCCCUCGCCCAAGAACCCAUACAUGGGUGUUUUAAUCCACGCGGCGGGUGAUGUGAAAAAGGGGUUCAAAUUCGACGUCAAACGAAGCUGUGACUUUACGACAACUGCCCAAUCGUCCCGCCGCCAAAGUGCCGCUGCAACUGCUCUCCACAACGUGAAGGUCCCGGGAAAGUCUUUCAAUGAGGGUAAGCGCGCGAUUCUCUCUCCUACAUACCGGUUCUGGUGCCCACUGGUGGGGCAUUACGACCUCACAGCCAAGUCCGGCACGAAGGUAUUACAAAGGAACUGCCAGACAUGGAUUGUUGAGUCUGCUGAUGAGCUUGUGGCGCGCUCCUUCUUCGAAAAGGAGGUUGCUGCCUACCUUGAUGCUAUUGAGCAGUAA